CAAGUUUGAAUAUCAGAUUGAAAUCAGAUAUAGACAAAAACAAUGAAAUAAUGGUUUCUUCCUUUAUUUCUUGCUAAUUAAAUACUGCUUUGUUUUCAUAUUGGCCAGAAGUGUUUUUGGAAUCUGCACCUCAGCUAUGCUUCUGUUGGAGCGGAAUCCCCCUCCCCGGUGAUGUCACGUUGUUAUGUAUGCCAGCUGAUUUAGCAGGCAAAGAGCUCCAGCAUUAGCAACUGCGGAGACAACGGCGAUAGUCUUUCGAAAUAAAAUGCUGGGAUAGCAAAACACUGAAAUACAGCGCCUAACAAAAACAAGAAACCACAACUUCCAGAGAAAACCGGGCCGGCCAAGGUGAAACAAACAAACAAACAAGGCCUUUAUUUCUUUUUUGCUGCAGGGAACUUCUGAAAAUGGUGGACAUUCGAAGAUAGCAAACUUGGUUUCAGGGCCUUGUUGUUUUGUUUGUAAUGGAAAUUGGUUUUGCAUUUUCUCGUUGAGUUUUAUAAAGGGUUGAAAUACGAUACAAAGAAGAGAGUGUAAAAAAAACAACUAAAACAAAACAAACGAAAAACAAAUGAAACGAAGGUUACCUGUGCACUGCUACGACUGCUACCGGGAAAUUACAGCGGCGGCUUUAAAAAACAGUAAUAGAUCUACCCCCAGCAACAAGAAAGAGGAAAACAAUGUGGCUGAAGCUGUUUUUGUUGCUGCUUUAUUUUUUGAUCUUGUUCGUGCUGGCAAGGUUUUUCGAAGCAGUGGUGUGGUAUGAGACGGGAAUCUUCGCUACUCGGUUAGUGGACCCUGUGACUCUGAGCUUCAAAAAGCUCAGGACUAUCCUGGAAUGCAGAGGGCUGGGAUACUCUGGGCUGCCGGACAAGAGGGAUGUCCGGGAACGAGUUGAGAAGUCGGGUGAUCUCAUGGAAGGGGAACUUUACUCUGCUCUCAGAAAUGAAGAGGAGGCUUCAGAGACAGUUUCCAGCACCACCUUCAGUGGAGAGAUGCACUUCUACGAGCUUGUUGAAGACACCAAAGAUGGCAUCUGGUUGGUUCAGGUCAUAGCUAAAGGUAGACAUCCUCUUGUGAAUAAAGUCAACUGGGACAAAAUUGUGAAGAAAGUUUCCCAAUUCGGCAUCCGCACUGGCACCUUCAACUGCUCGAAUGACUCCAGAUACUGUAGGAAAAGAGGCUGGCUGAAGUCCACACUCAUCAUGUCUGUCCCCCAGACCAACACUUCUAAAGGGAAGGUGAUGUUGAAAGAGUACAAUGGCAACAAGAUCGAAACAGAGCACAUCUUCAAGUGGAUGACCGCUCGCAUUGCUUCCCGGAUAAAAACCAUCCACUACACCAGUCAGUUAAUGGAUGAGUGGAACAAGAGUGACCAGUACAAGGUAAAAAUGUACCUGUUCGCCAAACUAGACCAGCCACCUGCUUUUUUCUCAGCCCUCGGCGUGAAAUUCACUGGGAGGAUAGAAUUCAUUUUUGUGAACGUACAAAAUUGGAACAGUCAAGACUACUUGAAAGCGAUCGGCGUACAACAGAUACCUUCAUACCUACUAAAAACACCUGAAGGGAGCUAUAGGUAUGGGAACAGUACAGGGGAGUUUAUGUCUCUCAAUGCUAUGGACACUUUCCUACGCUCAAUACAGCCAGAAGUGAAUGAUUUAUUUGUCUUAAGCCUGGUUAUGGUCAACCUAAUGGCCUGGAUGGAUUUAUUUAUAACACAAGGUGCCACUAUAAAGCGCUUUGUGGUCCUUAUAAGCACACUUGGGACAUACAACUCCUUAUUAAUAAUUUCCUGGCUGCCUAUACUGGGCUUUCUACAGUUGCCAUACCUAGAUAGUUUUUAUGAAUACAGCCUAAAAGUUUUAAGGUAUGCCGACACCACAACCAUAGCCUCCUGGGUAAGGGCUGAUUGGUCCUUUUAUUCUUCCCACCCAGCUCUUUUUCUUGGCACUUACCUUGGUCACGGAUUACUGAUCGACUACUUUGAGAAGAAGAGGAGGCGCAACAACAAUGACGACGAAAUCAACGCCAAUAAUCUUGAGUGGCUGUCCAGCCUUUGGGACUGGUACACAAGCUACCUGUUUCACCCCAUUGUUUCCUUUCAGAACUUUCCCAUUGAGUCAGACUGGGAUGAUGACCCCAACUUGCUUCUGGAGAGACUGGCAUUCCCAGAUCUGUGGCUUCGUCCAUUGAUCCCCACUGACUACAUCAAGAAUCUGCCGACUUGGCAUUUUAAAUGUAAUGCCCAGUCUGAAGAGGAAGCUGCAGAAAACUGCCAAGAAAGUGACUGUGAAUCUGAGAACGAAACAAAGACUGAAACAGAACUGUCAGAUGAUGAGAGGAGAGCAGCCCAGAGUCGACCGAAGGAGGAAUGUCUAGGAGGAAGUCUUCCUGACUGUACUUGCGUUACUAAAAACUUUGAAGACAGCCCCAAAGCAAGAAAAUGCAAUGGGACUUGUAGCACAAAAGAGAACUUUGAACCUGACUGGUCUACAUGGCCCGGUGACAUGUUACAAUGCACAGAAUGCGUUGUGUGUCUCGAACAUUUUGGAAGUGGUUGCAUAUUAAUGGGCCUUCCAUGUGGCCAUGUGUUCCACCAACAGUGCAUUGUGGUCUGGCUUGCAGGCGGUCAACACUGCUGCCCAGUUUGUAGGUGGCCAUCCUACAAAAAGAAGCCUUGCAGACCACUACCACCACGACAGCAACAGCAACAGCAGUAGCAGAGGCAGCAGCCAGCUUCCUUAUUGGUUGUAACUGCUUAUUAGAUGCCUCCUGCACUUAAAUAUCUUAGUACUUGAUGUGUUCGUGUUAGCUGUUUAGGUCUGUGUUGAUUUUGUGGCUUGAAGUUUAGAUUAUAACGUUUAGUGCAGACAAAAUAAAACUAAAACAAAAAAUGCAAGAUCCACAGAAUGAUAACCCUAAAGUUACACAAAACAAACUUAUUUGUGGUUGCCUUGUAAAUUUAAAAAAAUAAAAAAAGGAUGCAUUUGAACUAUAAUAUUUUGUCUU